GACGAUGCCCUACCUAAGAGGGAUGAAAUCGUCGACCGCUUCUUACUAUGACGACUCAUGGCUAACAUAUAGAUUACGAUGACUAGAAAUUUGAUUCAUCAUGAUGCUGAACCGAGGGGUCUUGCACAUUACGUGUUGGCGGCACUCACGUAUCCAUACCUCUUAAUGCGGCAAUUUAUCGAGACCUACUCGUCGCUAUCCGGGUUGAAGGACCAAUGGAUUAUGCUCCUACCCCAAUCCUAGCCCUACAUAAAUUGGCCGCUCGGCAUAUCACUUCGCAAUCACUCAAUUGAAGUCCGCUUUUAGUUGAGGCUAAAUGAACGUGAUAUUAGAAGUCGAUUCUAGGCUCGUUUAGGUUAUUGGGGUCGUGACUUAUUCCUAUGCAACAUACACCUCCACUUUCUUCAUCUUGCCUUAGCGAACCCAAUUAGGGCCUCAAUGCAACUAUACUGAGGUCAAUAUGCAGGCGAAAUGUGACCCGUCUGCUAAGAUGCGUAAACAAAGCCGAGGCUGGAACUGCGUGAGCCGGGUUCGGGAUGGGGUGAGGUCAUGAUGUUUACUCUCUCGAAGCGCGGGGAUGGUCAAAUGGUAUAUUUGCUUUUCUUCACAGUUGUUGUCGCCUUAUUCGUCCUAUUGAAUUUUUGGUAAGGCCUCUACUCUGUUCAUGAUGUUGUUGCAAUUAUCAAUUACGGCUUUGGUCGUUGGAGUAAUCGCGAUCCCCUCUCCGCAGACACUGAACUCUAGCCUUACGUUGUUGGUUGAUAAUGAUCUUCAAGGUGCCGCUGGAUCAGCCUCCGACUCAGGAGCAUUGUUGUUAGAAGCGUACUCAUUGAAUAAUGCCAGCGAAGCCUGUGAGGAUGUGGGGGAGAAGCUCUGGUCGCUGGAACCAAAUACCAGCAAUGUUCAAAAUAUGUUGAAUUAUCUGAAUUACUCAAGUUUAAACACGGGUUUUUCGCAAUUCUGGAUAGCAUCUCAAAAUGGAUCUAUUCGAGCCAUCGACUUGGACGGCCGCAUAUCUCAGACGAAAUUAGACGCCGAACUUCCAGUUUUGUGCACACAAUCAGCGCCGUUCUCCAACGGAACAUCUCAGGAUACGAGUGAGAAAUGGCAAAUCACGGUGGAAUCCAACAAUGAAACCCUUACUGGCUUCCGCGACCGCCUCAGUUUCCGUUUCCUAGGAAUUCGAUAUGCGUCCCAACCCGAACGAUUUACUUACUCUGAGCCAUACACCGGCAAUGGUAAUGAGACUUCCGCACUUGGUUAUGGAUCCCAAUGUGUCCAGGCAGGGGAUCUUGGAAGCGAGGAUUGCCUCUUCUUGAAUAUCUGGACUACCUAUAUCCCAGGUCCCAACUCUACUGUGGAGGCUCUGAAACCGGUUAUGUUCUGGAUACAUGGAGGCGCAUUUACAAGCGGGACAGGAAACGAUCCUACCUUCGAUGGGGGUAAUCUGGCAUCAAGAGGCGAUGUUGUCGUGGUCAGCAUCAAUUAUCGGCUUACCACCCUCGGGUUCCUAGCACUGAAAGACAAUGUCACCAACGGAAACUUCGGGCUUGCCGACCAAAUAAACGCUCUUGACUGGGUAAGGAACAACAUAAAGGACUUCGGCGGUGAUCCGGAGAGGAUCACUAUUUUCGGACAGUCUGCCGGAGCGGGCAGCGUUCGAGCUCUAAUAGCUUCGCCUAAGUCGAUUGGAAAAUUCGCCGGGGCCAUACCCGUGAGCAACCUUGGGGGCAUAAAUUAUGGCACCACGUACUCUAAGUACUACACAAUUGAUGAGGAAUUAGAGGUAGCGGGAAAUGCCAUUCUGCAGGAGACUGGCUGCGCAAAUGCGACAUCCCAAGUAGACUGCUUGCGGGCUAUAUCGCCAUAUGACCUGGCAAACCUGGACACCGUUGCGAGGUACCCGGUCGUUGAUGGGACUUACCUCACAUCCGACGAACUUCAACUUGACGGACCUACUCUUCCUGUUCACAUAAUGAUGGGCACCACUCGCGACGACGGCGCACCAUUCAUCAGCUAUCCCACUACUACGAACCAGUCUGCAUACCUCGCCUCCCAAGGUUUUGACGUGCCGCCCUCAGAUCUUUUCCCGAUCCCAAGCAUAGCAAACAAGACGCUCGCACUGUUCGAGAUGGCCUCUCACCUCGCCACGGACGGAAUGUUCAAAUGUAUUGACCAAGCCACCGUAUACGCCGGCCUCAAAAACAACAGGUUCCCUCCAAUCUACUACUACGAGUUCAACAGGACCUAUCAGACCGCCGGCUGGCCCAACCUCGACGUCUGCGAGCCGCCGAAGACCGCGCCCCGUCCGUACGGCGACCCGAACGAGGAAUACCUCAAGUGCCACUCGGGCGAGCUGUACUACGUCUUCGGCAACCUUGCACGGCAAGGCCUUCCCAUGCGCGACGAGUUCGACCUCCCAUUCGAGCAGUUCGUCGUCGACACUUUCAGCUCCUUCGCGAGAACCUUCGACCCGAAUCCGGAUGUCGAGUUCCUCGAAGCUAGGGGGUACACGAGCACGUUGGAGGAGGUCGAACGUGCUGGGAAAUGGGAGGCUUCGACCUUCCUAGAGGGGAUGACUAUGCGGACGCUGCAGUGGCCUAGUUUUCAGGGGCCGUUUCUUGAGGCGAGGCAAUGCGAUUCCCUUGGUUUGGGGUUGGAUUAUUAUUUAUCUUAGUUAAAUUGAUAUUAUCUCAAUAAGAUAAUGUUUCAGCUUUUA